UGAUAAUGAUAAAUUCUACUGCCCAUUAGAUAUAUAUAUCAUGCAUCCUCUUCAUGUGUACGGCAGAAACGAACAGCUUUUGUACCAAGCUUUCGGGGGUCCCUAGCGCGUAGAUCCCUCGAGGGUCCCCACUAGCUCUUCGUGACCUCAGCCACCGCAUGCCAGCAAUGUCCUCAACGCCGCAGUCAUGCCGGGUCGACUGCCUACGAAGAGUGAUUUUGCACAAUCGAUUGAGCUGAGCAUAACUCCGCCGCCGUCCGGACAACCCGCCACGAAUGUCUUGAUCCUGCUACAUGGCCUGGGGGAUACGAAUGCCCCGUUCACGAAGUUAGGGCAGCAGCUCUCGCUCCCAGAAACAGCAUGCAUCGCCGUUCAAGCGCCCGCUCCCCUCCCGUUCGAUUUGGGCGGGUUUCAUUGGGGCGAUGAUCUCAUCUUCGACCAGAACACGGGCGUCAUGGAUAUGGACACAGGGUUCAAGAAAGCAACCACAGUCAUAAAGGAUGGCGUGAUAUACGAUGGAUUGAUCGGUAAAUGCGGCUAUAAGGGCCGGGAGAUCAUGAUAUUCGGGUUUGCACAGGGUGGGAUGGUAGCUCUUCAGGUGGCCGCCGAGCUGGACGACAACGAGCUGGGAGGUGUCGUCGGCAUUGGAGGUUUCUUGUCACUAUCUUUGCCACUGAAAGCUUUGGAGAAGAAAAGCAAGACACCUGCGUUGGUCUGCAAGGCAUCGAAGGCAUCCGCUGUUUCGGACAGCGCCAUCUCACGAAUGAAGGACGCUUUCGAGUUCCUGGAGGUCAAGGAAUGGAACAAGCGAGGCGAUGGAAUGCCGAGUAACAGGGAAGAGAUGAUGCCCAUUAUGCAGUUCUUCGCGAGGCGUUUGAGAAGUACAAGGGGAGUGCCUGCUGGAAGUGUCGAGAUCUCAUCGGUAUGAAUGUUAAGACUUCUACUAUGAAUUGAAUGAUGAUUAUCAAAGGCUGCGGCAUCAACUUGAAAAAAAAAAACGAAUUCAGGAUACAUGUAGCAACAUGUAUUAACAAAAUCGAUUUUCAUCGCUAUACGGCCUGAUUCUUGUUGAACUUCUCCAGUAUACUGAUAGACUUCAAACGCUAGAUCAACGACGAA